AUGGUGGUAGCGACCCAGAUGGGCGACGAUAUUACAUGGCUGGACGCAUUUCCAAAUUACACCAAGUCAGUAUAUGUGACCGACGAUCCGAAUGCAGACCUCGCAGUACCACAAAACAAGGGACGGGAGGGCAUGGCAUACUUGACCUACAUCAUUGAUAAUUACGACAAGCUUCCCAAGAUUACCAUUUUCUCCCAUUCCACCAGAUACCAAUGGCAUAAUGAUGAUCCGUUCUAUGAUGGCCAGGCGGUUCUUGCAAGGCUGAAUCUUCCUCACGUUCAGAGGGAAGGCUAUGUGAGCCUGCGAUGUGGCUGGAGUCUAGGCUGUCCUGCAGAGAUUCAUCCCUUAAGCGAGGCCAAUGCUACUGGGCCAGUAGCUGAUCCUGAGUCAAAGGAGGCUCGUGCCGGGUCUUUCUAUAAAGAAGCAUUCGAAGAGCUCUUUCCCCAUGAGCCGGUUCCCGAGGUGAUUGGAGCCCACUGUUGUGCGCAGUUCGCUGUGACUGCCGACAAGAUCCACGAGCGUCCAGUCACAGAUUAUAUUCGCUUCAGAGCCUGGUUGCUUCACACACCCCUCAAGGACUAUCUCAGUGGCCGGAUUCUUGAGUACUCAUGGCAUAUAAUAUUUCGCAAGCCUCCCGUGCAUUGUCCCAAUGCAGGUGACUGUUACUGCAAGCUAUUCGGCCUCUGUGGCUUGCAAUGCAAAUCAGCUGGCUCUUGCGACGCUGCAUACACCCUGCCUCAAUACUCCACGCUCCCCGAAGGAUGGCCAGACUAUGACUGGGAACAUCAAUGGCGGAAUGUGACGGAAUUGAGGCUGAAGUAUGAGUCAGAUAAUGGUGCUCCUCGUGCUAACAGAUGA